AUGGAAUCUAAGAAAAUCUUAUCGAAAGAAACAUUCCCUCCACCAUUAAUUUGUCUUGUAUGUGGUGAUGUGGCGCGUGGAAUGAAUUUUGAAGUUAUAACAUGUAUGUCAUGUAAAGCAUUUUUUCGAAGAAAGAAAGAAUCUCGUUGUCUACUUAAUAAUGAUUGUAUUAUAACCAAACAAACGCGUGGCGCGUGUUCAGCUUGCCGGUUAAAAAAAUGUUUCACUCUUGGUAUGGAUCCAAAAGUGCUGCGUGGUACAACUAAAAGAGCAGCUGCUUAUAUAAAUUUCCAACAACAACAACAACAGACUUAUGUACCUCAGCCUACAACCAUUAGUCUUUUAUCUAAAGAUCAUUCGACUUUAACAUUUGAUGAAUGGAAUAUUUUAUCGAAUAUUGUUCAUGCUUAUGAUGAGCAAAAUAUUGUUAUACGAAUACAACAUGCACUUCAAGAACAAUCAUCAUUACCACUUAAACUUCGCUCGAAACAAUCUAGUACACUUGAUUUAGUCGGUUUAUUUUAUACAGCUAUUCAACCAUUUAUAGAACGUUCUCCUUAUUUUCAUGAUUUACCAAUAGUUGUUCGUCAAGUUCUUAUACAUAAUAAUUUAAAUGGUACAGGAGCAUUUAAUUCAUUAUUUGGAGCUCUCCAAGCAAAUGUAUUUGAUAAUGAAGCACAUAUUUUAAAUUGUAAUGAAAUUUAUGGAGCAGAAUAUGUUAAAGAAAGUGAACGAGUUAUGCGACGAUUGGAAUCAGAUACAACACUUAUAAAAAUGCUGCUUAUUAUUUUAGUAUUUUCUAGUAAUUGUUCAAUUAUUUCAUCUGAACAAAUAUUUAGUUUAUCAUAUACAUCUACAACAAGUGCGAUGAUUCUUACUCAUGUUCAAGAUAUAUUUGUUGUUAUUUUAUGGAAAUAUUUAGUUUAUAAAUAUGGAUUUAUUGAAGCUGUACGACGUUUAAAUCGUCUAGUCAAGAAUUAUUUAGAUUUACUCAAUAGAGUUCAUGAAAAUCAUAGUAAACAACAUGCUGAAAUGGUAAAUAUUAUUGUCGAAAAAACUGCAGAUUCAUUGGCUUUGAAUUAG